AUGUCUAGGAAUUAUGACAACUGGGAAAGGUUGGUGGGAGCUGUGCUGCAGCGAGAGCAGGAUCGUGAAGUGGCCCGAGCCGAUUCAAGAAGCACAAGCUUCAGUUCCAUUUCCGCAUCAUUAGAUUUUGACGAGCAAUCCUUGAGUUUGCCAAGAGAAGAACAAAGUGUUGAAGAUGGAAGAAGGAAUUCAAUAUUAGAUAGUAACAGUUCUUAUAUAGGCUCCUCGAGCACUGGAGAUCACCCCAUCUACCAAAAGCCAGCAGGAAAAUCAAAAUUUUAUGUGGGAUUGCUGUGUACAAACCGGAUCUUGAAGGAGCUCAAGGACAUUCAGAAGGAUCCUCCUGCCACUAUCAGUGCUGGUCCAGUAGGUAGGGACUUGUUCCAUUGGCAAGCUACUAUCAUGGGUCCUCCGGACAGUCCGUAUGCCAAUGGGGUUUUCCUACUCACCAUCCAUUUUCCGUCAAACUACCCUUUUAAGUCACCUAAGGUUACUUUUAUAACAAAAGUUUUCCACCCAAAUAUAAACAGCAAUGGAACCAUAUGCCCUGCAAUGUUCGUGGAAUCCUUCCCUUCCCCAAUCAUUUCCAAGGUGUUACUUAUUAUUUCAGCUUUGUUGGCGGAUCCAGUCAUUGAUGAUCCUUUGGUGCCUGAGAUUGCUUACAUGUACAAGACAAAUAAGAAGAAGUAUGAAGCCACUGCAAGGAGUUGGACACAAAAGUAUGCCAUGGGCUAG